AUGCUCGAAGCCCGUGUCAAACAAGCCGUCGUCCUCAAAAAACUCCUCGAUGCUAUCAAGGAACUCGUCACUGACGGUAACCUCGAUUGCUCCGACGAAGGCAUCGCCCUUCAGGCCAUGGACAACUCCCAUAUCGCCCUCGUGUCGUUGAAGCUUGAACCCCAGGGAUUUGAAGGAUAUAGGUGCGAUCGCAACAUGCCUCUUGGUGUCAACCUUGCUUCCUUGACAAAGAUCCUCAAGUGUGCCAAAGACCAGGACGUCGUUACUCUCAAAGCUUCUGACGAUGCCGACGCGCUUUCUCUCAUCUUCGAAUCACCCAAGGAAGACCGGGUGGGCGAGUACGAGAUGAAGCUCAUGGACAUUGACCAAGAACACCUCGGUAUUCCCGACACUGAAUACGACGCCACCGUCUCCAUGUCUUCUGCCGAGUUCGCCCGUAUCUGCCGAGACCUCACCGUCCUCGGCGAGUCUGUCAAGAUUGACUGUUCCAAGGAGGGUGUCACUUUUAGCUCGGAUGGUGAGAUCGGAAAGGGAUCCGUCCAUUUGAAGCAGACGGCGGGUCAGGUCAAGAAGCCGGUCAAGGACGAGGAUGAUGAUGAGGAGGAGGAGAGAGACGUGGAGAUGGAGGAUGUAAAGCCAAAGGUCAAGAAGGAGAGGAAGAGGGAUCCGGAUGAGGAGGAGGAGGAAGAGGAAGAAAAGGAUGAGAAGCCCGAGGUUUCCGAAGGUGAGGAAGAGCAAGAAGAGGAGCAGCCCAAGAAGCGCAAGUCUGCUGCCGCCGACAAGAAGGCCAGCAAGCGUGUCAAGAAGGAUGACGCUUCUGGCGAGGAACCUGGUGUCAGCAUCACCCUCGAACGUCAAGUCUCUCUCACCUUUUCCUUAAAAUACUUGUCAAACUUUGCCAAGUCAUCACCGCUUGCAAAGGAGGUGACAUUGCACAUGAGCAACGAGGUGCCGCUCUUGGUGCAGUUUGAGUUUGAGCAGGGAACUUUGCAGUUCUUUUUGGCGCCCAAGAUUGCCGACGAGUAG